GCUGCUGCCUGCAGUGGAGCCCUGAUCAGCUGCAUCCUUGCUCCGACUGAGCUGACCAAGUGCAGAAUGCAAGUUCAAGGGAAGGAUGUGAUGUAUGCGACACGGUACUCCAGCCCUCUAGAUUGCGCUGUGAAAACACUGCAGCGUGAAGGGGUUAGGGGUAUAUUUCGUGGUGGUUUAGCAACACUGUACAGAGAGGCAAUUGGCAAUGCUGUCUUCUUCUGCACUUAUGAGUACAGCCGAUAUUGGAUGCACAACUAUAUAGAUUCUCGGCAAUUUUCUAGCAACAGUGGCUUGGUUGUGGCAAAAGAUAUCGGGAUAGGAAUCAUGAGUGGUGGCCUCAGUGGGAUGGCUUUCUGGACAGCUACCCUGCCAAUGGAUGUUGCCAAAACGAUUAUUCAGACAGAUCAUAACCCUCAGUCGAGCCGAAAUCCAUUUCGGGUUUUAAACAUGGUCUAUAGGAGAGCUGGUCUGGCUGGAUGUUAUGCUGGUCUUGGGCCAACACUGGCAAGAGCAUUCCCUGCCAAUGCGGCAGCGAUUGUUGCCUGGGAGUACAGUGCUAAGAUUCUUGGUAUAAGGCGUGACUAAUGCAAGGGAUACGAUGCUUGUGGUGGUAUUUACCUGCUUCAUUCCCCCCAAAAGUCAAUAAGAAAGUCAGGAAAAACUAAUCAUGUUUCCUGGACUGGAUGGUAUUUAUCACGAUGACAGCAAAAAAGGGCAAAGUGGCUCUUAUUUGUGCAGACACGAGUCUGAUUGCGGAGGUUAUUGGGGGAAUGAAGCAAUUUGCCCUGUUUUCAUGAUUAACUGCUCUCACUUCGCUCGCUGUUACUAUUACGGAAAUCAUUUCAUGGUUUACGAGUUAGGGUUUUCUUUGAAAAGUACUGUGUAUGGUUAGUGUUCUAUGAUUGGAAUGAACGAUGGGGUUUUCAA